GCCAACUCUGCCGCCGAGUACGCGAAGCGUGUUUUUGGAGGCGAAUAUGUGGAGUCGAGACAAGCACCCCAGAGAAGCCCAAGUUUCGGGACAAGACACAAAAAAACAAAAAAAGGGCAGCUCGCCACAGCGCGCGACGCGAGAAAAACGUGUCGUAUCAGAGCAGGAAUGCUCCCUUCCCGCCAUGGGCGUGACCUGCAAUCGUCACCCACGCCUUGGCGACCAACAAACACGAAAAGUGAUGGACAAAUGAGCCAGCCACCCCGCGGCGUGCGUCCCCGCGCCAAGCUGUGCUGUCAGCCCAAAGGAUUCGGGUGGUGCCAGGGUUGAUUGAUCUGAUUGAUGGCUGGGCGACACAAAACAACUCCCCCUCCCCUCUCACCGCUAUAAGAGGCUGGGGGAGACAUGCGCGCACUUUCCGGACGGUUGUUCAAGUGCCCAUUCCGAAAACCACCCGUCUUCAUCUCACUUCCCGCGGUCGAAAAAGAGGCAGAAAAUGAAGACCUUUGUCCAGAUCCUGGGCGCUGUGCUUGCCUGCGCCAGCACGGCCGCCACCCAGAGCGGCGGCGCUUCCACCAUCCUCACAACCGCAACGAUGCCGCAGCUCACGACGGCGACGGUGCCGUCGGCGAGCGGGCUGCCGUCGCCGCCCCAGCAGACGGGCUGCCCGACGGUGACGUCGACGCGGGAGUUUUGCUCGACCUGCACCGUCCCGGCCUGCAUCCAGCUGGCCACGCUGACGCGGUUCUGCUCCUGCCCGGGCCCGGUGCCGACUGUGUACCUCGACUUCCCCUGCGCUAGCAGCUGCUCUGGCCUGUGGUGCACCACCUCGUACGGCGUCAUCCAUCCGUCGUGCCCGAGCACGAGCGGCGGCGGCGGCGGCGGCGGCUCCACCGUCAGCACGACCGCCACCUCCCCCGGCGGCAGCGGCUCCAUCACCACCAGCUUCCCCGGCCCGUCCCUCAGCUUCCCGCCCAACAGGACGUCGUCGACCACCACCACGCGUCCGGACCUGGAUCCCACGAGCCCGACCCUGAGGGUCCCGCCAAUAAACGCCGCCGGGCGGCCUCGGCCCUUUAGGUUCUGGUUGUAGGGUGGCGCGUGUUGCGGGAUGGAUGACUUGGCAAGGAUGCGAUUGGGUACCUAGUUGGGUUUGCGGCGUUUUUGGCUUUGGAAAAGGGGCUGGGUUGGGGGUACUUCAAAAAGUCACGAAGUAGCAUCUUCACUGAUGAUAACUGACCCGACGAGAGCUUAUCCUCCUUCAUUCCUUGGCUGCCAAGAUGAAACCGCUGCAUGGAUGGGGUUGUUGUUGGUGGAUGCAAUACCGACAAGGCGCAUAUCCCCUAGCUGAUCUCUUGGGGAUAAUACGUUGACAACAGUGUUGCCCUGACUUUUACCUGCCUAGACACCUAAAACCCCUGAUUCAUACAUGCACACCCGAUACAUCCUAACCUACACCACCCAACAUCAAAAGACCAAAAACACCCAGGCAGCCGGCCCGAUAAUACACAUACAAAACUCCAGUCCCGCGUGUUUGACAGGGCCACCCGGCCCGCGGGAGGCACUCUCUGUGACGACACAGUCGCACCUUAAUCACACCAUCUGUAAGCUGCCGAACUUGUCGAUGUG